GGAGACACGUCGAAGGGGUCGUAUUGUGCCAAGCGCAAACGGGUGAACACGCACUUGGUAGUAUUUGUAUCAGUUUAGCUAGUUAGAGAUUUGCAAAGCGGCACACAAUGGAAGGGGUAAACGUGGAAGCGGUCAACCAGGAACCGCCAACCGGCAAAAUGGACGUCUUGAUGAUGGCGCUGAAGGAAGUUAUCCAAAAAAUCAGUUCCUACCAAAUGAAAUUUAGCAUAAACCUAAACGAAUUUCACAACCUGCUUUUUAUAAUUUCUAUGCUGUUCGGACUGGCAUUUCUCUUUUACCUCAUCGUAAUACUGUUUAGCAUUUUUUUUAAAGAAUCCAAACCGAACAAAAUAGUUUUACUGUUGGGUCCAUGUGACAGUGGGAAGACGACUUUUCUCUUCAAAUUAAGAACAGACAAAUUAUGUACAACAGUUCCUUCUAUGAAAGAAAAUGUAGCGUUCAUAAAUUUGAAAAGUAACAAUUGGAAGAAGUGCAUUCGUUUUGUGGACUUCCCUGGCCACCCCAAACUGUCCUUCGGGAUGAAUAAAUAUUUCAACAUCACCAAUGUUAUCAUCUACAUUUUGGACUGCUCGGAUCGACAGGCCCUCAAAGUCGUUGCGGAGAAACUCUUCGAGCUGUACACAAACAAAGUUGUCGUGAAAAAGCAAAUCCCCCUCAUCAUAUUUUGCAACAAGACGGACUUGUGCAACUCGCGCCCGAAGCAAGUCAUUAAGGAGGACCUGGAAAGGGAAAUCGAAAUUUUAAAAAUGUCCAAAUAUAACAGCCUGGAUGAUGACUACAACGACGAGACGGAAUGUUUAAUGGGCACCAACUCGGAAUUCUUUCGAUUUGAAAAGGCGCCAUGUCAUACGGAAAUUUGCAGCGGAUCUGUAAAGAACAACAACAUUGAAGAAGUGGUGGAGCUUGUAAAGAAAUUUUACUAGCCAUCUGCGAGUGGCUCCUUUUUAGUGGAACUCCGUCCCCGCCCCUCAUCAAGGUGGAUGUCGUUCAUUCAUUAAAAUACUUUUUAAGUUUUUUUUUAAACACAAAGAGGAACAGCUUUUUAGUUAAUUUUGUUUCUAAGGGGUUCCACUUGACAGUUUAGCUUUUUUGUCCAUCCGUGUGGAUGUGCACAUGUGUAUAUGUGUACAAAUGUAAGAGAUGUUCGCAUGACAAUGCACUUACAUUUGGCAGGGCACAUACGUAUGGAACACACAUACGUCGUCGCACAUGUAAGCGAAAAACUUUUUCACUUUUUUAACAUUUUAAGUUUAAUUU